AACUGAAGAGAAUAAAUAAUACUAGGUCACUACAGUUGAAAGAAAGAAAGGAAAUGAAAGGAGAAAAUUUCACAAUUUGGACAUUUUUUUGCCUGGAGGGCUUUUCCAGAUAUCCAAAAUUAGAGAUUGUGCUCUUCGUCUUCAGCCUUGUAAUGUAUCUAAUAACCCUCUUGGGCAACAGCACUCUUCUUUUAAUCAUUAUCAUAGAUUCACGCCUUCAUACCCCCAUGUACUUGUUCCUUGGAAAUCUCUCUUUCAUGGAUAUUUGUUAUACAUCUGCUUCUAUUCCCACUUUGCUGGUGAACCUGCUAUCAUCUCAGAAAACUAUCGUCUUUUCUGGGUGUGCUGUACAGAUGUAUCUGUCCCUUGCCAUGGGUUCCACAGAGUGUGUGCUCCUGGCUGUGAUGGCGUAUGACCGAUACAUGGCCAUUUGCAAUCCUCUGCGAUACUCCAUCAUCAUGAACGGGCAGGUCUGUGUACAGAUGGCCUCUGUCUCCUGGGUGACAGGCUGUCUGACUGCUCUGCUGGAGACCAGUUUUGCCCUGCAGGUACCCCUCUGUGGGAAUCUCGUUGAUCACUUCACGUGCGAAAUUUUGGCUGUGCUAAAAUUAGCUUGCACAAGUUCGCUGUUCAUAGACAUGAUGGUGCUAGCGAUUAGUGUACUCCCCCUGCCCAUUCCACUGCUCUUAAUUUGUAUCUCUUACAUCUUCAUCCUUUCCGCUAUCCUGAGAAUCAGCUCAGCAGAGGGAAGAAACAAAGCUUUUUCUACUUGUGGUGCCCACUUGACGGUGGUGAUUUUGUAUUAUGGGGCUGCCAUCUCCAUGUACCUAAAGCCUUCUUCAUCAAACUCACAAGAAAUAGACAAAAUCAUCUCAUUGCUUUAUGGCGUGCUGACCCCCAUGCUGAACCCCAUAAUUUACAGUUUAAGAAACAAGGAAGUCAAAGAUGCUGUGAAAAAACCCGGGCAAAUACCUUUGUAUCAAACACAUGAAAAUCUCUGA